AUGACGCCGGCUGCUAUAGAUGCGAGCUUGGACGACGACGAGCUGCGACCGCCAGCGCGUAUCUCCGACAGUCCACAGCCACAAGUAUAUGAAAAACCUCUCGCACUGGGGUGCAACCACAUCAAAAAUGGAGGUCAUAAAGCUGAUGAGGAACAGGGCACACCACCGCCAGUAGCUCCUAGUCCCCGCGGGAGUGCAACAGCUCAGCCACCGGCAGAGCCUGGCGUUCGUGUGGUAGCAGAUUUGCUUCGUGCUCCCACCGCCGAGGCACAAAAGAGUCAAUUGGUGAUGUCAUUUGGAGUAUUUAUGCUGUCGAUAUCUCUGGGAGCGAGUGCCUUGUGUUUCUACGACGAGAUUCUCGAGGCGACGGGGAUUCAGAGCGGCCUCUUGUUAGGGUCAGUUGGGUCCCUAUCUAUGUGUGGUGUGAUCAUUCUUUCCUAUCUCAGUACCAAAUGGUAUCGCCGACACAUGCACAUUUUACUCCUAAACUUAGCGCUGUGUGAGUUCUGCCUCGCGAUUUCGUUUCUCCUAGAACCAGCAUGGAAUCGACUAGGGGCUGGCGUAGGGAGCGAUCUCUCCUGUCGAUGGCUAUCGACAGCACGAGAGUACCUUAUCAUGUGCUCCAGCGCCUGGACGACCUGCACAGCUCUAGAUUUAUAUUAUUUGAUGACAAACCCAUUCACGUCUCCGCGAUUGAAUCGCCACAAAUACCAGGGAAUUGCACACGUCACAGCCCUCGCAAGUGCAGUCAUUAUGUGCGUGUCCAACAGUUUCGGAUCUCCCGUCGCGGUGGGGAAUUUCUGUUGGGUAGGAGCCGAUACUCAAGCACGAAGCGACCACAUCAGCUACAAGCAGCCAAGUGGGUCGACCACUGGCAUUUGGGUCUUCAUUGUCACUCCCGCUACCAUCUCGAUGGUCGCCAACCUGUACGUGACGUUGGUGUCGUAUGGACGAUUGCGACGAGGUGUCUCCGCAACUCUUCGAAACAGACGAGUAUUGUUACGCGAGGGGUUUGUGACGACUGUAACAUUGAUUGCCUACUCUGCCUUGCUAUGGGGAGUCUAUGGAGCCUAUUGGCUCACUCCCUCAGCCACACAAGCUCGACGACUCUCUCGGUUGUUUGCAUUCUUACUGUCGUAUCGUGGCAGUGUUCCUUUCAUCUUGUGGUGUCUAUACAAACAUCCACAGCACAAGAAACAUAAAGACAAGUCUAGCGUGGUAGCCGACGGGACUAGGACUCCAAAGCUCUCGAGUGUCGAGGACGAGGACGAGGAAGAUGACGACGCUGUCCGGCCUCAGAUGAACCUGGCUCUGCUAGACGAGCUCGUGUUCUACACCACUCACGGUAUCGCUAAGGCGGUGAGGAUAACCAGUACACUGGGACAGUACCCGUCUCCUUCGAGCUCUCCUGUCGAGCAGAUAGACCAUCACUCUGAGCACGGACCAGUACAGUACUCUUUCAUGGUGCAGCCAUCACCCGAAGACGCGGCUUUGCACCAGUGUCGGUUUACAGCGUUUCAUCCGCUGGCAUUCCAGCGUAUCCGGCGUUUCUACGGCAUCGACGACGACGCGUAUCUCUGCUCUCUACGGUCCUGUACGACACCCAAAGUGAGCGAAGGAGCGAGUGGCUCGUUCGUCUAUUACUCGUCGGAUCGCAGCUACGUCGUCAAGUCCUUGACACGCUCGGAAAGUGGGUUUCUGCACAGCAUUCUGAACGAGUAUACUGUAUACAUCGAGGAGCAGAGCGGCGAGAGCUUCCUCACGCGGUUCCUCGGCAGCUAUUGCCUCGAACUGUAUGGGCGUCCGACGUUCUUUGUGGUCAUGGAGAACGUCUUUGACGUGCAGCAGGGCAUCUCCAUCCACCAGCGCUACGACAUCAAAGGAUCGUGGGUGGAUCGCAACGCCCAGAAACCUCGUCGAGGCGCCGAAGCCACGUGUCGCCACUGCAAUCUCAGCUUCCGUUGCGGUGGCUCAGCCACUCGCUCGAGCACUGUGGGGGGCGACAGAUCGCGCCGCAACGUCUGUCCCAAUCGCGCGGGAGCUCCACACGAGCCCAAUGUGGUGCUGAAAGAUAUGGACCUCACGAUGAAGUUGCGCUUCGGCAAGAAGGCAGGACGGAAACUGCUCGCGCAACUUAUGCGGGACAGUGACUUCCUGUGUGCGCAUGGCGUCAUGGACUACUCGCUGCUUCUCGGGCUGAUUGAAGUGAGCUAUUUAGUGAAUCGACACAACAUCCUCACGAGAGACGGGAGUGUCUUCCUACCGCCCGACAGCUUCACAGAGAAGCCAGGAUCUCCACGGAAGCCGUCUGACGGUAGCAAUAGUACAGUAGGGACCUCUGAACGGGUCAAGCAGUCGACGCAGUGUCUGCGUGCUGCCGAGGUGGUGAUCGGGCCGGGCUUCUACUACAUCGGGGUCAUCGACAUGCUGCAGACGUGGAAUUGGUCGAAAAGACUCGAGCGAUUCCUCAAGACUGUGUUGUUUAGAAAAGACCCAGAUGGGAUCUCUGCGAUGCCACCCAAGCCGUAUCGAGAUCGGUUUCAUCGUAAGCUGCGUGAGAUCAUCCAUCUGGGUCAUAACUCGAGUAUUGUACCCUCUUCACCCGCCACCGUUGACAACGUGGGUGGAUGCAAGGAGGACAUGUACGGUGGUGACGCAAAGAGAGAAGAUAGGCAGCUCGGAGACGACGAGUACGAUCGCAUGACUCACAUCAGACCACGCGGGGUUGCCCUGCCUUCUACUACCCACACGUCGACACCGAGUGGUAAAGAAGGUCAGCACUCGCGAACGGACAGUGGAGAGAUCCCCAUAACUCCCUCGGCUCAAGGACGCGUCCUCGGGAGCAGCUUGUAA